GCUCCGAACUCCACCUACUCUUCCAAUCUUCCAAUCUUUGAAGUGAACAAGUUCUCAAUUGCUACUCAAACAUAUCUCACAUAUCGAAGAAAUGGUAAAGCCACUGACAUUCAAAGGCGACAAGCCGAAAUCGUCCAAAAAGCGCAAGCACACCCACACGCACGCUUCCGAGGCUCACCCAAGCUCCGCCGCCGCACCACCAUCAAAACUGGCUAAGCAAUCCGAAGACCCCGAGUCCUCAGAAGCAGUCGACCCUGAUGCCUCCGCCGAGGAUCAGUCCUGGGUCUCUGCUGACACAACCGCCGAUAUCUCCGGUCCAAUCCUCAUCUGUCUUCCCUCCGACCCUCCGACAGCCAUAGCCUCCGACAUCCACGGCAAGGUGUUUGCUAGCGAACUCGAGAAUCUAAUUGAUGGUGAUGUCCGGACUGCGGAGCCGCAUGAUGUGCGCCAAGUGUGGGUUGCGACGAGGGUGGCGGGAACAGAGGGAUUUAGUUUGAAGGGUGGGCAUGGGCGGUAUCUUUCCUGCGACAAAUAUGGACUUUUCAGCGCGACGGCGAGCGCGAUUUCCGCGCACGAGUCGUUCCUUAUUCACCCCUCGCCUGACAUCCCGGGAACAUUCUUCAUGCAGGCGCUGGGAGGCACCGGGGAGAAUGACACAUUUGUAGGGAUCAAAGAGGGUGCAAAGGGCGUUGAAAUUCGCGGCGACGAGACGAGUUUGUCGUUCCAAACAACGGUGCGGAUACGCAUGCAGGCGCGGUUCAAGCCCAAGAUAAAAGCCAGCAAAGAGACAAAGGCUCGAGAAAAGGUCAGCAGAAAGGAGUUGGAGGAGGUUGUUGGGAGACGACUGGAUGAGGAUGAGGUGAAGAGAUUGAGGAGGGCGAGAAAAGCAGGGAAUUUCCAUGAGGAGGUUUUGGAUGUCAGGGUCAGGGGAAAGCAUGACAAGUUCGCUUGAAAUACAACUACGACUAGAGAGUUCUGCGGACAAAGUGACAUGGUAUCGGAAUUUCAACAUCAUAUUCGAGUAGGGUAUCAUGUACAACGCUUCAAGCACGAGAGUCUGUCUACGGCAGCCGCAUACUGUCCCGAUGUACCGCCUCGGGCAUUGAGAUGGGAUAGAGAUCGGGCGGCAACACACUCUUCUUGCAUAGCGGACACAGGCUGCUAUUCCUCGUCAGAGACACAUCAAUGCACUCGGGGUGGUAAAUAUGACCACACGGCAGUUCGCGUACAGUUGACGAAGCGGGGACGAAGUCUUCCAAACAGAUUGCGCAGGUGGGUUGUGAAUGACUUAGCCUAUUGGCAUGUUUUGUAUACGAAGGUCGACGUGAUGUAUUUGCGGUUUGCGGGUUCUCUUCGAUGUCUGUCUCGGCUUCCUUCUCGAUUCCCCUCCGUUCAGAUUCGAUCACUAGCGUGUCCUGGGAUUGACCAGGCUUAUCACCUUCGCACAGGCUCUGUCGUGAGCUCCCUGGGCCUGAGUCAUCCACGGUUGGAUAGGUAUAAAUCGGGAGUUUGGCAAGGAACUCCCGGGAAACUCUGAUAUGCUGCAGUGCAUGCUGUUCAUAGUCCACUUCGCUGAAUUCAAGGCGCCGCUGAAGCAUUUCCCGACGUCGCCUUUGAAUUAAUUGGUAUAGGAGAAGAAGAAUGAUGCAAAGGACCAAAAGAGUCCCAAGGAUGGCCAAAAGGAAGCCCCAAAUGCUCGGUGUUUUCCUUCCGCUUUUUUCUGAUCUGGUGUUAGUCAAGACACUCGCACUUUGCAAGACUAUCGACGCCUUACCCAAGUUAAUGAUAGUAAACAGCCGCACAUCCCAU